CAUUACUCACACGAAAAGAGGAAAAAAAGAAAAGAAAACACACAUUACGCAUAAAAAAAUAAAGAAAAAUUCUCUUGAAGAAAUGUUUUGAUUCUUCUGCUACUCUGCAUUUAAAAGUGGACAGGCAUUAUAACACAUCAGCUUUCUUUCAUUAGUAUAAACACAAAGAGAAGAAAAGGAAGAGACGAAGCUAGUUAAGUUGUGCUAUUUUGUAUUUUACACCAUGACACUUAAAGUAUGGAUCUUUCUGAGCCUUUUGGUCAUGAAAUGUUUUGUUGUGCUAAAAGUAGAGGGCAUGGUGCAAGAGAAAGAGGAUGCAACUAUUCCAAUGACAAGUCUAUCACCUCCAGAAGGCAACAUUACAUUCCUUGGUGGCACAACAUGGUGUGUGGCGCGGCCCGGGGCUCCACAGUUGGAUUUACAGAAUGCAUUGGACUGGGCUUGUGGAUUGGGGAUGGCGGAUUGCAGGCCCAUCCAAGCCGGUGGCCCGUGCUUUGAGCCCAAUACACUUUUAUCCCAUGCCUCAUUUGCUUUCAAUAACUACUAUCAACAGAAUGGAAAUUCUGAUAUUGCUUGCAACUUCGGAGGAACUGCUAUGUUGACUAAAAUCAACCCAAGUCAUGAAAAAUGUAUUUAUGCUACAUCCGGUCCCAGGAUUGAGGACAUGAAGUCUGCAGCACCUCCAUUUUCCAAAGAAAGCUUAAGCAUUAUGUGGUUGAAAAUUGCCAUGAUUCUUCUUCUCAUGUACUCAGGAAGUUGAGAUGUAAAUUUUGCUAUAUGCUCUAGGAAAAAAAAAAAAGGGAGCGGAGUUUUUGUCUGGAAGAAACUGGAGGGGGCAUAAUCAAGAAGAGAUACUCUAGUUAAUUAAUUAAGAUAUGUAUAGCUCUUUGGGACAUUCUUAGAGUGGUUUAAUUUCUUAAGUAUAUUCCCUCCUUUCUUGAUGUAUUAAAGAAUCUCAACCAUUGAGAGAAAAUCUUUGUCCUUCUUUGUUACGAAGAAAAAACAAAAUAGAUGGAUGACCUUAUACUUGGUUUGAUUUGUAAAGUGGAUGUCUCUACUUAAAUAUUUGUCAUUUGAACCCCUCAACUCAAUAAAACUCUACAUUUUAAACUCUA